AUGGCUCGGUAUGGCGGGGCGUCUGCCAUGGGCAGAAGCAAAACACCUUUCCCAACGCGACAAAUGGCCGUACUGGCAUUGUGUCGGAUAUGUGAGCCAAUCGCCUUCAUGUCAAUCUUCCCCUACGCCUACUUCAUGGUCAAAUCUUUCAACAUCGCAAAAAACGACACGGAAAUCGCAAUGUACACGGGCAUGGUCACCUCCUCGUUCGCAUUCAUGGAGUGCGUCAGUGGCAUUUUCUGGGGUCGAUUGAGUGACAGGAUCGGACGCAAAAAAGUGCUGCUCGGCGGCCUUCUCGGCACUGGAUUGAGCAUGCUUCUUUUCGGGUUCGCGAAAAGCCUACCGAUGGCUUUGGUUGCCCGGGCUCUCGGAGGUUUGCUGAACGGGAACAUUGGCGUCCUCCAAACAACCGUCGCUGAGCUGGUCACAGAUGAGAGGCACCAGCCGCGCGCAUAUUCCAUCAUGCCUUUUGUUUGGUGUCUAGGCACCAUCGUUGGUGGAGCUCUUGGCGGUUUACUGGCAUCCCCGGCCGAUGCCUUGCCACUGUUCAACGGCACCAUUUUCGAAACGUAUCCAUACCUGCUACCCAACCUGGUGUGUGCCGGUGUGGUUGUGUUUGGGCUUACCGUUGGCAUUCUCUUCCUGGAGGAGACCCAUGAGGAUCGCAAAUACGACCAGGAUCGCGGACGCGAAGCGGGGCAAUGGAUUCUGCGCCAAAUUUGGAAGCGAGACGCAGAUGCAGCAUUUAACGACAAGGAUGCGGCGCUUGACGAGAUGAGAUCGAUGCUCGAAGAUCACAACCACGACGCACCAGCAUAUCGAAGCACCGACAGCUCACCCACGCUAUGUAGCACACGCACGUCAAUGUCGGAGCCACCGUCAUUCUCCUUGGACAAGAUUCGACCUGCGCCUACCAUCCGACAGGCCUUCACAAAGCAGGUGUGCUUGACCGUCGUGUGCUACGGCAUUCUUGCAUUCCAUACCAUCUCUCUGGAACAACUUCUGCCGAUCCUCAUGUCAAAGGCGGAGCCCACCAAGGAUGAUCAGCACCUCCCAUUUCGAUUCAAGGGCGGGUUUGGCUGGUCUACUCAAACCAACGGAGCCUUUCUCGCUGUGCAGGGUGUCCUCCAAAUGUUCGCCCAGGUCAUCGUCUUCCCCUGGCUCAGCAGGCGCCUUGGCAGCCUUCGCACUUUCUGGAUCACUCUCUGCUUGUACCCGGUGCUCUACCUGUUGGCUCCCUAUCUGGCGCUCCUUCCAACCAAUCUCCGCGUCCCAGGACUGAUGGUUCUACUUGUUGGCAAAGUCACGUUCCAAUCACUCUCGUAUCCAUCGCUAGCCAUCAUCUUGACCAACUCGUCUCCGUCGAAGCGGGUGCUCGGCACUCUGAACGGAGUGGCCAUGUCUGCUGCAAGCAUCUCCCGGGGAUUUGGCCCUACGAUAUCAGGCGCCAUGGACAGCUUGGGCGACACGCGUGGCAUGUCUGGCCUUGCGUGGUGGACAAUCGCCGCAGUCGCUCUCCUGGGAUGGCUUCCAGGCUUCGCUAUGAGAGAAGGCAACAAGCGGCCAGCCUUUCUAGAUCAAGAAGACGAAGAGGCUCUGGCAGAUUCCGAUUCCGAUUCCGACGCCGAGUCCAUCAUCACGCUCACGCCAGAUGAAGUAGUGGAGAGCACCCUCUCCAAGGAGACGGCUACAUGA